GGCACGUCGUUGGUGCGCGUGGGUCGAGACUGCAGAAUUAUAGCGUCUGGUUCCGCGCACAACCAGAUUGUGUUUUACGCUGUAGAGCUAGAGGACUCACUGCUGUACAACCCUUUCUGAUUGCUAAAUAAGAAUGAGUGUCGAGAACGAACAACCCGGCUCUGUUUCAGAAUCAGAGGAACUGGAGAUGCCGCCUGGUACUACUUAUUACUUAUCAAUUUUUAUUCUUAGUUCAACAGGUCCGAGUACAAGUACCGGACAACUAGGAGAUAUUUGUAAUUACCACAUAUUUAUUAAUUGAGGGUUUCUUCUAUUUCUUUGCUUCGUUAGCGGCUGAUCAUAUAAUACGUAAUUCGGUGCAAAUGCAAAUGGUAGAGGACCACUGACGAAAAUUUGUUAGAUAUGUAUCUAUAAGGUGGCUUUAGCGAUGAACACAAAUUGUUUGUUGUUGGUUUUUAGCGCCGAACAUGAAUGAAAAUUUAGAGUUAGUCACCUCAGCAUAAUGGAAAUUUUGGACCAGUUGUAGUAAUCUUCGUCGGUCAUCAUGCAAUGCUAAUUGAUUAAUCUUUGUUUAGGCCUAUCAUGUUGUACCUCUAACCUCUAUAUAGUGUUGGUAUCUCUGAUACAGGUUGGGAUGGUGGCGCUGGAGCCGUAGCCGCGGUCGAAGAAGAUGAAGACACGGAGCAAGAAGGCGAGCAGCCUGAAGGUGGAACUGAAAAUGCUACUGCGAAUGUCGUGCCACGGAAUGACGCAGCCGAAGAAGAUGGUGAUGUGGACCUCAAUGAUGAUGACCCAGAAGACGGCGACGUGGAGAUGAACGGCGAUGCCGGGGACGCUAAUACGGAACAAGCUAGGAGAAUAGAAGGCUCAGAAGCACCAGCAAAAAAGCCAGCUGCAGAUACGAGUAUGCAAAGUAGCGCAGACGGUAAGAAGGUCGAGGAGUCAGCCGUCGGGGGAAUACCGAGUGCCCGUGACGGAGUUGACAAAAAAAGAGUGGCGGAGGCCCAGCCGGAGGGAGUGGCAGAAAAGAUGCCAACUA